GUGCGGCUGUGAGGCUUGCACACUCGCCCCCUUCGCCGUUUUGUUGAGGCGGUGCUAAAGCGAGACAAAGACCUUCAAAACUAGUUUGAAACUGCCUGCAGUUUCCCUUAAAAGUCCCAUUUUAAGCCAAGUCAUUUAGGCAAGACGAUCGUUCCCGUCAGAAAGCGAGAACUGCCUUCAUUUUUGUUGUCAUGGAGUCAACAAGGUGAGGUGGCCACAUGGAGCGGAGGUGAGAAUUUCAUCCGUGGAUGCGUCCUGCACGGCAACAUGAUAAGCGCCGGCUCCGUUAUCGCUGCCGCCUAUGGUGAGAGAGGACCUUGACUGUUGCCAUGGUGACCCUGUAGCGAGAGCUCUGUAACUAAGAUCUGUUGCCUUGGUGACCCUAUAAAAGAGCCAGGUAACUAUUUCAAUCUGUUGCCAUGGUGAUGCAAUAACGAGGCUCUUCAAAGUAAAAGGAGAUCGCUAUCGAUCAUCCUGUAGCAGGGAAAGCACAUCUGGCACACCGCAUUCUCAGGAUGGGAACAAACAGGAUGUUUCACAUUUUUGUCGUCCUGGGCUCCGCCUUCAUGAUUCUUCUGAUCAUCCUGUACUGGGAGGAAGUUGGAGCAUCUCAUCAGUUUUUGCUCACCCCUGUCUCACCGGGGCCCAAGAUUCCAAAUCCUGCCCAACAGCAGCAACAACCGCAGCAGCCUCAGACCACCCGAACCCCGUCCUUCCUCUCUGACAUCGAUGCCUUUGUCAACCAGUUCUUAGAGCCUGGGACUGGCGAACCCACAGACCCUGUGCCAGCUGAAACAAGUAACCAAUCAGAGAAGGCGGAAGAGCGAUAUAUACCGAGGCAGGAGUGGAAGAUUCAUUUGACUCCAGUGGCAGCAGAGCUCCGCCAGAGACAGGAGAACCGGCAGAAGUUACUUAAGGAUCUCUGUGCCAAUGACAGCCUGGCAUUUCCUGGCAAAAACCGUUCAUUUGACGACAUUCCCAACAAGGAGCUGGAUCAUCUGAUAGUUGAUGACAGGCAUGGUAUUAUCUACUGCUACGUUCCGAAGGUGGCGUGCAGUAACUGGAAGCGGAUCAUGAUCGUUCUCAGUGAGAGCCUGCUCCGUGAUGGCGUUCCGCAAAGAGACCCUAUGGCCAUCCCCAGGGAGCUUGCUCACAACAGCAGCAUGCACUUCACUUUCAACAAGUUCUGGAAGCGCUACGGCAAGUUUGCGAGGCAUCUUAUGAAGGUCAAGCUUAAGAAGUACACAAAGUUCCUUUUUGUGCGGGACCCCUUUGUGCGUCUCAUAUCUGCCUACCGGGAUAAAUUUGAGCUGCCCAACGAGGACUUCUACCGCCGCUUUGCUCGGGUCAUGCUACGGCGCUACGCCAACCAGCCGACGCCCCCCGACUCCGUGGACGAGGCAUUUGCUACGGGAGUCCACCCAUCCUUCUCUCAUUUCAUCCAUUAUCUCCUGGAUCCUCAGACGGAGAAGGACAGUACCUUUAAUGAGCACUGGCGGCAGGUGUACCGCCUUUGUCAUCCGUGCCAGAUCCAGUAUGACUUUGUGGGCCACUUGGAAACGGCCGAGGAAGAUGCUGAGCAUUUACUACGCCUGCUGCGCGUGGAUAAUGUGGUGGAGUUUCCCACCUCGCACAGAAACCUGACGACCGGCGACUGGGAAUCGGACUGGUUCAACAUGGUGCCCCUGGAGGUGCGGCGGGAACUUUAUAAACUGUAUGAACCCGACUUCAGGCUUUUUGGUUACAAUAGACCCGACUCCAUCCUCAAUGAGUGACUCUCACACGUGACAAGAUUAAAGAUGUUUAGAAUUUAAAGUCUUUGUAAAGUGAAAACAAAUGUCUUCUAAAUUCAACACACCACAGAAAAGGGAUUUGUUAAUCAUAAUGCCAAAUUUGAAUUUUAGCCACGGCCACCAAAAAAAACCUGAAAAACUAAAAUGGUGAAAAACAUUUUUUCGCUAAAUCUCCACAAUUCAGUGCUAUGUACAGUAGUUCUCAGUUUUUGCAAUUAUUUUCAAACAUGUAUUAUGUAUUUAGAAACACAUCUUUGAAUUCACUUUGCCGGGCCUUUAAAAAACUUUAACAAAGUUUUACUCUGAUUUGGGUCUCUCUGCUAUGGAAGCACACAAAUUAGUCAGCUAAAGCAUCGGUGAAUGGACAAUUCAUUGACGAUUUUACAAUCACACAAAGCACACAGAUGAGUGUGAGCCAGUUAAGAUUAGCAGAAGGUGUCUGCGCCGUUUUUCACCUUCUGUAAGUUCCCACGUCGAGCGUGUUACAUUUCCAGCUCUGAUGUCUCGUCUGAUUGGCCGCUCACAGUUACCAUGUGACUGACUUGUGCAGGUUUUGUAGCAGGAGGCUGCCAGUUGGCCAGUCAGACACAUUUUUAAUGCUGCUGCACUACAGUGGUAGUUUUACACUUAUUUAUUUCACAUUGUGCACUGUUUUCCUUGAAAGCACGAAUGGUAUUAAUUGGUGAUGGAACAACCAAGCAAUCUUUUGAGCUCACAUUAAGUAGGGCAAUAUCACGAUCCAUUUUAUAAGCCUUCAGCUUGGAGACUUUAUUUAAAUGCGACGUAAUGCGAUGUAGUCAUUUCUGCCAUUUUGCAGUUUGCUUGUUUCGGCCACUUUUCAAGCAUGAUAUAAUCUGCGUUGUAGCAUCAUCAAAAGUGCAACAGCUCUAGUGAAAACCUGAAAAUUUGGUUAGUAGGAUUUGUCUUGGCUUGUUUUUGAGGCUUAAACUGGACUUGCAACAUUCUUUAAAAUGUAACUUGAUGCAGUAACAGUUAAAAACAUUUUCUCUUAGUUACUGGUAGUACUUGUCACCUCAGCCCUGUUGUUGUCACACGUGUGUUUACAGUUCACGUGGUGGUGGUGUCAACCCUGAAGGCUGCAACCAAACCUACAGUUGGAACACCUCAGAGUUGGUAAUUCUAAAGGCUUGAGCAUGUAUUUGAAGCAUCCCGGAUGAUAUGCGUGGGAAACAAGAUAGUGCCUUUGGUUGCAAAUGUUUACACAGCAAAAAAAAAAAAAAAAAAAAAAAAGUUAUUUUUCUAAAGGGAAUUCUUAGAGUGAUCAGAAUGCACACAUCUGUUUGGUAUUCUGGGCCUCGUCUGUUUUUUCAUGACCCCGAUGUGAGUCAGUGGAAAGCUUCAGCAGAGAUGUCUAAUUGUCUUGGACCUUGUGUGACGAUUCGGUCUGUUCCUUCAUAGUGGAUCGUUAUGUGCAACUCAUUAUCUUCAGACAGGAUUACUGUGUGUGUUUUGUACUAUUGAUGGUGUCAUGAACACACUGUAUUCCACUUUAUCCUCAGAAGUCAUAAGACACACCGCCUUUCUUUUCAAAUGCCGUCUAAGCUAUUUUUAAGGGAUGUUGUUUCAGUUUUCUUGUCUCUUACAGUGCACAGUGUGUGGUUAUCCCCAAUGCAUUUUUAUUGAAGAUGACAUUAAAAAAAAAAAAAAAAUGAA